GCUACUCCCCAGCCCUGUUAUAGCCAACGACUCUAUAUAUCAGCCUGCACAGUUACCCAUUGUUCGUAAAUAAACUUUUCUGCACGAUCAAUCUUUCACAUUGUCCUCUCAUAAGAGUUCUCUGCAUUUUCCACCGAGAAAUAAACUCUUCAAUAUUCGCACGCGACACCGGAGAUCUGAUCUGAACCUUCUCUGCCUCACACCAUGUCCCUCAAGCGCAAGGCCUCGGUUCCCAGUCUCACAUCGCCCAAUCCUGCUCCUGUGAUGUCAGGACGAUCACUCGUGGCAGAUGACUCCCCAAAGCACCUCCACAGUCGCACCCGCAAGCGCUUCAGGAACGAUCGCCCGGAUGACGAAGUAGUCUAUGAAAAUACAAUGCGAUGGCUUUUUACGGCUCAGCAACAACAACAACACCAAGCUCCUACUCCUUCCACAGACGAGGACGAGGCAACUGAGCCAGAACCUGUACCAUCAUCUGAGAUCGUCGACCCUCGCCAGCAGACAUUGCUCAAGUUCUUCCGCCCUUCCCAAUCUACACCCGCUCACAACCGCAUGAACAAGCUGGAUCAACCAUCGAACAAUGCUAUACCACUGCAAACAACACCCUUUCAAUCGCAUACCUUCAAUAUGUCCUCGCCAGUUACCUCGACGGGAUGGAGUACGAGUAGUCCACCUUCGCAGCUGACAGGCAGCGAUAUGGACAUGGACUCGGUAACCAACGAGUCAGUCCAAGAGCCUCGGAGACCAUUCGGAGGGUUUGGUUGGGCAUGACGAGCACUCGGUCAUGGCUGAGGUGCAUUACACCCAUAGCACGCGAUACCACCGACAUUAGUUCUUUCAGCGAUGAUACCUUGAUUUACUUUAUCUUAAUAUUAUAACCACGCGGAUCAAUGUGCUGGUCAUAUUGGUAGCGUCACGACACUGUCACUUGAUAUACGUUGCAGGAUCUAUCCAUCUGCAUGUCUUCCAUGUUGGAGACAUGAAUCAAAGCCGAAACCUGCUUCCCUUGCCUGAAAUGGCAGCCAAGACACUCGAGUUGAAUUCGAGUCAAUCUGAGCUAUCUUGGCGACUGAGGUGCAGAAUUACAGACGAAAAAAUGUAUAUAGUCACCGAGAUGUGUUGAG